GGACUUUUAAUUAUCUUUCGUUUUCUAAAACAACAGAAAUUUAGGUGUCAUGUUUUUGUAGUAAACAAAGUUAUAAUUACUAGCACCACGUGUUAAUACCAUGCAUGGCUACAUAGACAUCAACCUGUGGUGGCAGUGCCAAGGAUGUAAGAGAGAAACAUAAAAACCUAAAAGAUUAUCGUAAAAAAAGAAAGAAAAAGGGAUUUGAAACAAUCACUGAGUAGACAGUCAAUAACGGUCACAUGGGUUUUGCUACUUCUCCAAACGUGAAGACAUUUAUACCAACCUACACUCCUUGCUCCUACAUAUCCCGCGCCUUGCAUGCAGUUCCAAGUAUCAUCAAACAGUGAUACUCAAAGCACCACUUUCCAGUUAUCUAAGUUAUUCAACUAUCACAGUAUUUUAACCAUGGAUACUUGCAAGAAGUCACCCCUGAAGCCAUGGAAGAAAGGGCCAACUAGGGGGAAAGGUGGUCCACAAAAUGCCUCUUGCGAGUACCGAGGUGUUAGGCAGAGAACUUGGGGCAAAUGGGUUGCUGAGAUAAGAGAGCCAAAGAAGAGAACCAGACUCUGGCUUGGUUCUUUUUCCACAGCUGAAGAAGCUGCCAUGGCUUAUGAUGAGGCUGCAAGGAGACUCUAUGGACCAGAUGCAUACCUUAAUCUUCCCCACCUGCAGCCCAGGUCCACUUCACCUAUUACACCAGGAAAGUUCAAAUGGUUCCCUUCCAAGAACUUCAUUUCGAUGUUCCCUUCCUGUGGAUUACUCAAUGUAAGUGCUCAACCCAGUGUUCAUUUUAUCCAUCAGAGGCUACAAGAGCUAAAGCAAAAUUCAGUUGAAAGGCAAUCCCCAAAUAGUUCGUCCAAUGAUCCAGAGGCAGAAAUUCAGAAUGUAGUAGACAAUGCAGAAAGUCCUCUAAAAGACUCUCAAACAUCAUCAGAGGAGGUUCCAGGAGAUAUUCAAGAGAAACCCCAGAUAGACCUACAUGAGUUUCUUCAACAGCUGGGAAUACUUAAAGAUGAAAAACAGUCAGCUGAUAGCACAGAAAGUUCAACAGUUCCGGAAGCUGUGUUCAGAUAUGAAAAUGACGAAUUGGGAGUGUUUUCUGACACGAGUGUUAACUGGGAGGCUUUGAUUGAGAUGCAUGGAAUUGCUGGUAUUCAGGAAUUAGAAUCCACCCAGCUUGAAGCAUAUGGCCCAAAUGAUGACCUUACUUUUUCAACUUCCAUUUGGAACUUCUAAGUAACUUGUUUUUUCUGUUCAAGAAAAGAGAGUAGGUUAGAUAUGGGUACUUGGAAUAUCAGAUUAAGCACUUUAGUCCUGUUUAUGUCUGCAGAAUUUGAAUCUGCUGGCAGCAUAUAAGAGUAGGAAAGUAGCUAGAUUAGUAGACUACCAGGUAGAAAAGAACUUUCAUCAUUCUGCAAGAUGAGAAAGUGAGGAUUUUUAUUGCAGUUGCAGAUGCAAUAAUCCGUAGCAUCUUGUGCGAGUGUUAUGGACUGCAGAAUUAAAAAAGAAGCUCAUCCAUAGCCAACAAUCUGAGACAUCAAAUUUGGAAUGUCACGGAUUUCUUUGAGAGAAGCUGUUAGGAAUAUGAGGCAUGUUCAAGAUCUAAUCUAUUUUGUUUGCAUUAAUAAAAUUGUGUUUUAUCAUAUAUCAUUUGUUUGUGAAAAAUAGUUAAUGCCACAAGGUC